UCUCUCUCUGUGCUCUUUCUGCUUGUCCUGGCCUCCCAUCUUUUUCACCUCUCUCUCUCUCUCUCUCUCUCUCUCUCUCUCUCUCUCUCUCAUGUACUGAUCAUUCAGUCGCCUCCAUUCCCUAUGCGCCUGUGGUAAAGCUCGGUCGGCGACGUGCACCCAGUGUGUACUAGCAUGCAGCAGCAGCAGCAGCAGGGUGGAGGCCCGGGCCAGCAGUUCGGCUUGCAUCCCCCAGAGAUGCCGCCAUUCUCGCCGUCUAGGAGCACCGGCCAGCAGCGGAUCUCCAUGGCCGAGGCGCCCUCGCCCAUCAGCAGCCGCCCGCCGGCGCCAGGGCCGCCGCAGCAGCAGCAACAGCUCAACAACGAGCUAGCAGGUGCCGGCGCUGUGGGCUUCGACGAAGAGGCACUCGCCGCGGCAGCGGCCGGCGAGGAAGGCUUGGGCGGCGGCGCUGGAGGAAACCGGUGGCCGCGGCAGGAGACCCUGGCGCUGCUCAAGAUCCGGUCGGACAUGGACGCCGCGUUCCGGGACGCCACCUUCAAGGGCCCACUCUGGGAAGAGGUCUCCAGGAAGCUGGCCGAGGAGGGGUACAGGCGGAACGCCAAGAAGUGCAAGGAGAAGUUCGAGAACGUUCACAAGUACUACAAGCGCACCAAGGACAGCCGCGCCGGCCGCAACGACGGCAAAGCUUACCGCUUCUUCCGACAGCUCGAGGCGCUGCACGGCACGCCCGGAGCGACGCCGGCUCCGAUGGCGUCGGCCCCGCCGCCGGCCACAGCCGUUGGAGUACCUGGGGUGGUGGGCCCCACAGCCGUACGGCCCCUCGCCGAGCCCCCGCCUCUUGGUGCCUCGGCCGCCGCUACGGCAGGCCUGCCGACGCCGGUGGUAGUGGGCAACAUGAGCUUCUCAACGUCCAACACGGAGGAGUACUCGGACGAGGACGACUCUUCCGACGACGAGGGCACGGACGACAUGGGUGGCGGCGCCGACGAGCGAGGGAAGAGGAAGAGGACGUCGGAGGGUGGCGCCGCGGCCGCUACUGGCGGCGAGGCCGGGAGCGGGAAGAUGAUGAGGUUCUUCGAGGGGCUGAUGAAGCAGGUGAUGGAGCGUCAGGAGGCGAUGCAGCAGCGAUUCCUGGAGGCCAUCGAGAAGCGGGAGCAGGACCGCAUGAUCCGCGAGGAGGCGUGGCGGAGGCAGGAGAUGGCGCGCCUCGCGCGCGAGCAGGAGAUCCUCGCGCAGGAGCGCGCCAUGGCUGCUACCCGCGACGCCGCCGUUCUCUCCUUCAUACAGAAGAUCACCGGGCAGACUAUCCCCAUGCCCUCCAUCGCCGCGCAGGCCAUCACAUUCAUGCCACCGCCACCACCAUCGCAGCCUCACGCCUCACCCAUAGCAUACUCCGCCGCGCCAGUUCCUCCACCGCCGUCGUCUUCGCAGCCACCUGCCACGCACUCGCAGCCUCAACCCUCGCCACGGCAGCAUAAGCCGCCAACAAUGCCGCCCGUGACUCCGCAGCCGCACAAGUCGCCGGCUCCAGCGACGCCACAGCUACAGCAGCAAGCGCCGGCCGUGAAUUCAAGCUGCAUGGACAUCGUCGUGACGCCAUCCGAAGCGCCGCACGAUUCGUCGGGGUACGACGGGUCCGGUGGCGGCAGCGGACCGGCAUCGUCGCGGUGGCCCAAGACGGAGGUGCACGCGCUGAUCCAACUCCGGAGCAACCUGGACAUGAGGUACCAAGAGGCCGGGCCGAAGGGACCGCUCUGGGAAGAGAUCUCCGCCGGCAUGCGUCGGAUGGGCUACAACCGGAGCUCCAAGCGGUGCAAGGAGAAGUGGGAGAACAUCAACAAGUACUUCAAGAAGGUGAAGGAGAGCAACAAGAAGCGGCCCGAGGACUCCAAGACGUGCCCCUACUUCCACCAGCUCGAGGCGCUCUACCGCAACAAGGCGGCGCUCAGCUCCCCAUCCGGCGCCGGCAGCCCACUGUCUUUGCCGCCGCCAGCAGAGCACGCCAAUGCAGCUCCCCAGGACCGCAUCGAGGCGUUCACCGUCGCGGCGCCGAUCUCGCAGACGUCUCCACAGCAGCACGCCGUGGCACCUGUGGGGGUGGCCAAGACUGACGCCAGCAACGCCGGGAACGGCAACAGUAAUGGCGGCAACGCGUCGGAAGGAGUCUCCGGGGGAGUGCAAAGGGUGGCGAGCAACGGCGGCAGCAGGUUCGUCUUCAGCGAAGCAGGCGGCAACAAGGCGGCGAAAAAGCUAGAAGGCAUUAUGAAGGAGACGACGACGAUGGAGCAGAGGCAGCCACAGCCGCAACCGCAACCGCAGCCGCAGCCGCAGGCGGCGCAGCAGGCGUUGCUCAACAGCUACAACCGUACGGGCGGCGGCGGCGCCGACAGCGAUAACAUGGACGAGGACGACGAGGACGAGGACGACUACGAGGAUGAGGACGAGGAGGACGACCUCGACGGCAACAAAACGCAGUACAAGAUCCAGUUCCAGGGGCAGCAACAACACCAGAAUCAGCAUCAACAGCACCACCACAACGUUGUCAGGCCGAACGCCACCUCGUCCAGCGGCGGCGGCAACCCGCCGGGUGCUGCUGCCGCUCCCAGCGCACCGGCGCCGGCAACGACGACAGCCGGAUCUUUCCUGGGCAUGGUCCAGUAGAUCCAUACACCACCCCGGUGACUAGCUCUCUCCCCAUACCCCCAUCAAUCAAUUCAAUAGAUGGCUUUCUACCUUCUCUUUCUCUCUUUCUUGUACCAUUUGUAUCUAUCUACCUACCCCGUCGGCUCUUCCACCCCCGUCCAUACUCCAUACAUCUCCGCAUCUCAGAAACCUAAAACUCAAGAGCUCUCCUCCUCCACCAAGCUCCAGCACCCCUCAUAUGCAUUGCAUGCACGUAGCGACGACGGCAUGUCCAUGUCAGAAUCAUUCGCCUGCAUGCAUGCAUAUGCAUGCGCGCGCAUCGUCGUCGUCGACGUUGCUACUCCGAUACACACCCUCCCUCUCCAUGUCCCGUCCCAGAUACUCCAAGCUAGCAGCUGCAUCCGUUUCUUGAUUCGUUGCUGUGUUAAUUACAGUGUUACAGUGAAAAAAAUGGUGGUCUGGUUAUUUAUUGAUUUGUCGUGGUGAUUAAUAAGAACCCUUCUUGCCGGAGGGCUUCGCUGAGAGGUUAAUUACUACUACAUCGGGGUGGUAAAAAGACCCUGGUAAUAAGAUCGAUCCAGCUCGCGCUCGGUUAAAAUGAAGAGAAGAGCGUGUCCUUGUUACUUUCGUCGAUUGGGCGCAUGCGGCUACUGCUCUACAGUGUGGUACUGUACGUGCUGCAAUGGAACGGUGAAAAAUGAAAAAGGAUCGAUGGUACUCGCCUGCAGGCCAUGAGGAAGAAGGUGCUGGAGCAUAUGCGGAUUUUUUUUUUCCUUCUGAUCUAUUUUUCUUCAAAAUUACCGAAAUUGUCCAUUAUGUAUUAGCGAGUUUUUCUUCUUCUUACCAACUGUUUUUACACAACUAUUACAGUGUAUACUUGUGACAUACUAUAUCUUAUAUUCUUGCUGUUCUUGCA